AGCAGCCGCACAGUACCAGCCCACACUUCUUACUACGGGUAUAGACAGCGAAGGAGAAGAAGAAGAAGAAGGAGAAGAGGGGAAGACAGGUGGCGGUUCUCGUCCUCAAAACAGUCUGUGAAGUCUCCCUGCGGACAGCGGCAAUGCAGGCCAUCAAAUGCGUGGUCGUGGGUGACGGUGCGGUGGGUAAGACAUGUCUGCUCAUCAGCUAUACCACGAACGCCUUCCCCGGAGAGUACAUCCCCACUGUCUUUGACAACUACUCAGCAAAUGUGAUGGUGGAUGGGAAACCAGUCAACCUGGGCCUCUGGGAUACAGCAGGGCAGGAGGACUAUGAUAGGCUGCGCCCCCUGUCAUACCCUCAGACGGAUGUGUUCCUGAUAUGCUUCUCUCUGGUGAGCCCGGCCUCUUUUGAGAAUGUCCGAGCCAAGUGGUAUCCAGAGGUUCGUCAUCACUGCCCGAACACACCCAUCAUCCUGGUGGGCACCAAACUGGACCUGCGGGACGACAAGGAUGCCAUCGAACGGCUGAGAGACAAAAAGCUUUCUCCCAUUACCUACCCUCAGGGCCUGGCCAUGGCCAGGGAGAUCGGUGCCGUCAAGUACCUGGAGUGUUCUGCACUGACGCAGCGAGGGCUGAAGACGGUGUUUGACGAAGCCAUCCGUGCUGUCCUUUGCCCCCCGCCUGUCAAAAAAGGAGGAAACAGGUGCUCCAUGUUCUGAAGGGGGAGGAGAUGCAAGAUGAAGCCACCAGGGCGUGAUUGCUCUGGUCAGUCACAUAUUACAGAUAGAGCAUUACCAGGUGGGAACACCUUAGAAAUAAAACAGCUCUGAACUGUUUGCACAAAAGGAGCUGAUCUCAAAGUUACUGCAAGGAAUUUUUAUUUUGUGUUAAUUCUAGGUGCCCUUCAGGACAAAGCACUGGCAAACAGAUACAUUACAUAAACGAAGAUGAGGUUCAGGAUUGGUUGUUGACCCUGCUCCAGUAUCACAAAUAAAAAUAUAACAGCAAAAAUAACAUUCUCUAAAGAAAAAUCUGCAAAACUUUGCUUUUGCCAAACUUUUGCCAGACUCUUCUGGUAUGCAUGCCGUAAAUAGUCAAAGGUCACAUUCGUAGAGGCAUCAGUAUUAAAGUGAAAACUCCUUGUAGUAACCUUAACUGGCCAAAAGAGUGAGCUGAGGAGUUCAGAUGGUGGGUCAAAGAUUGUGUUUUUAAGCCUGCUUCUUUGGUGCAAAGAUGAUUUGUGUGUGAUGUAUGCCUUAAAACAAUGACAUACACAUGUCUCUUAGAUACAAAGAGAGAGAAUUAAUAAAAUAAAAAAGUCUCUUUCUCAUCCCAAAAUGAUGUGAAAGAGACUUUUUUCAUUUUCAGGUGGAUAUGCAAAAAUAUUUUGCACUCUCCUGUUCAACCUUGAAACUUGCAUACGUCGUAGAAAAAAACAGACCAAAUGUAUAUUCCAUUUUGCACACCUAAUAUUAAUAUUUUCUUCCUGCAAGCAAAGUUUGUGGAUUUUGUGGAGAUGACUUAUUUUUUGUGUUGUUCUUAUCUUUCUUUUAUUUAUUUACCUGCACAGUUAAUAAACGCUUGUGAUUAGCACGCUGUUAGUUAAGCACUGUCGAAGAGCGGAUAUUAAACUAGCAGCUGGAGAGAAGACCCCCUGUAUCUUUUACUUAAAAUAAUCAUUUGGUAUUGGCUAUUAAUUAUAAAAACUGUAAAAUACACUAGACCUGGUCAAUGGCUUCCAGGUAAUAUUGCCUUUUCUGAUUCCUGUAGAAUCAGGCACAUGACAUGAUGUGUAGUCUGAAUCACAGUUCUCUCAAGCUCCACAUAUAAAAAAAACCUGUGAUCGUAAAAGAGCCAUGUAUGUUUGCAUUGUACCACUGGACAGGUGGUGUUAAACAGAGGAUGGCAUGAAUGAGAACUGGAUUUGUGUCUCGUCAAUAUUUUGAUUUGAUAGGAACCUUGAAUAACUGAGCACAAUUGAAAAAAUUGCUUGUUCAUAACUUUAUUUAAAUAAUAAGUCAGUGUGUUAUUUUUUAGUUGACUAUUUUUCAGCAAGUCCCACGAAUAAAAAAGACUUUCAGUCUCAGUAAUUCCCUAACUUUUUUAUGACUUUAAUGAUCCCACACUGGGAAAAAUGUCAGAGCAGCUCAUAUACACAAGCUGGAUAUGAAAUGAAUAAUAAAUUAGAAAUGAAUAGAAAAAAGUCAUGAAGUCAUGCUGAUGUUAAAGAGUCUGACAGCUGCUGGAAUGAAGGACCUGUGAUAGUGCUCCUUUUUACAUGGUGGGAGUAGUAGCUCUAUGACAGAGAUACAUGAGGCACACAAUAUUUGAUAGUAGGAUCAGUAAAUAGUUGAUUCUGUUCUUUUCAUGGGAUUUAUUGACAAAAAUAUCACAAAUAUCAGCAGCCUUAUCCGAAAACCAGCUUGUUUUUCUUGUUUGAAGUUAUGUCAUGAGAACAGAAACAGGGCUAAGUGUUCCUGGAUAACUGGCUCCAGUAACUUUGAAAAAGAAAUGUAUACCAAUGUAUCAGCAUGGAAAGCACCAUCUCUCAGUGUAUAUGCUAAAGUGCAUGGCCAUCACUCAUCCAGUUUAUGCUAAAGUUAUCAGUUGUUUGUUGAUGUUGAUGUGAUGUCCUACUGGUCAGAAUAAGUGUUUAUUAUCAAAGAUAGAUUUCCAGAAUGCCUCUGUAUCUUCAAGGAUACUGAUUUGUACAUAACACUCACAGAAAACACACUCAUUUUACACACGGUGUAGAACAUGCUUGUCACUUCUUGAGAGAAAAAUAUGAAUAAUGUGCCAUUGGUGAAGUGUUUUUUUUUUUGUUGUUGUGUGGAACCAUCAUGAUAAAUAUGAAAAAACAGGACCCAGACAAGACCCCCUUUAAAGGUUCCCUACAGGGCACCCAUAUGCAGUUAUAAAACGAAUGACUGUGUGGUUGUUUUAAUGAUUUUGAGUGUCAUUUUAUGUGAAUAUGUUUGAGUGAAUGAGAGCGAGGCCUUGAAAAAACGGCAGCCUUGGAUUUUGUAUUUUAUUGGUAAUUAUUUUGGAUUCUCUAUUUUCUUAAAAUAUUUCAAUCAGUAACAACAAAGAUGCAUUUAACACCAAAAAGGGGAUGAUUUGUUUUGAGUGCCUGUUAAAAAUGUUGCCAAAAACUCUCUCAGUGUACAAUGCAUUAAAUGUUUGAAUGGAGUCAAGGAAAUUGCCUA